AUGGAGGACUACGAAAUAACCAAGUCCGUCUAUCAACGAUUAAAAGGUGAUUUAAGGGAAUGUCAGUUGAAAGAGGGGGAUGCAAAGUUCAAAGAAAUCGACACCUUCAUUCAAGGCUUCUUCGGACCCAUGACAAUCGCCCCUCCACCAUACCAUCUCGAAGGAUCUCCCAAAACCAUCUCAGAUCUCUACAAACCCUCUACACCCUCGUUAUCAGGAUGCAACUACAUCUUCCUACUAGGUAUGGACUGUUCCGCGAGAAGGGAUUUCUUCCCAGACGAAGUAUACAAAAAGAUUACAGAGAUAUUGGACAGCUGGAUCAAAGUGAUGAAGUUUAUUCAGAUCAAAAAGAACAGAACGGUUGAGGAUGUCUUAAGUCAAGAGGAUUGGUUGAUGGUCGUUCAUACGUUGAGGAAUUCAUUUGCUGAGAAAUAUAAUUUAACGGAUGAUACCAAGUGA